AUGCAGGCCAUGACACCCUUCACAGCCCUUGAGCCGGGUAUGGAGAUGUUUGAGAAGGGGACACCACAAUCAUUCUAUUCCUCUACUCUGGCACCCCGGUCGUCAUUAGAACGUCCCGUCUCAUAUAUCAGCGUUGCGUAUACAGACAUCGAAGACGAAGAUGACUCAAGUGAAUUCGAGGAGUACAGUGGCUCGUCUAGCGACAACAGACGCAGUCAGACAACUAUAUCGACCUUUGAAGAGGUCCACACACCAGAGAUCGAACAACGACCCCAAUUUGCCGAAUGGUAUCUGCCAAAAGCAGUCGAAGGCCCCAAAGGGCCACAUCUAUUUCGUACCUCACAAUCCUCCAACGACUUCGACUAUGCCCUGCAAAUGUCACCACUAUUGCCAAGAGAGACUCCCCUCCGACUCCAGACCUCGUUCAGAGAGGCUACGCCCGCGACGGUAGUCCCAAAGAGUGAGUACAAUAACAUUGCCUCGGCAGUAGCCCAUCUCGACAACGCUGAAGUCCGCGCUUGGAGCUCACGCGACGUGGCUACCUGGAUGUACCAAAAUGGAUUCGAGAACGAAGUCAUUGACAAGUUUGCUGUUCAUGAUAUUACCGGUGCUGUGUUGCUCGAUCUGCAGUUCGAUGAUCUGAAAGAGUUGGAAAUUGAGUCCUUCGGGAAACGACAUCAAUUGUGGAACCAAAUCGACUCCCUGCGUACACUAGAUGGGUUGGUUUCUCCAAUUGCACCGGCGCCCAUACCAACCCCAUUCGAGGAUCUUGACCAUCCAUGCUCGGCGGCGGGAAAUAGAUCGAAAAGCAAGAACCGGGAUCGUCGACGUCGUGACAAGCCACGGGGCGCUGGUGAUUAUGGCGAUGACUUGAUGACGCCAAUCACUCCCGGAGGCGGUCGCCGACGGAGAGGCCGACGAAACAAGAACCCAGCAGACGACUUGAUCACUCCUGCAGAGUCGGUUUCUAUUGUGGCCAUCGAGCAACUACUUCCAAAGCCACACACAUGUGCAAAGGGGGAACGAUGCGCCAAGUACAGGAAACAGCAACGUCAACUUGCCAGACUCCAAGAGGAGCAUGGGUUUCCAAUUUCUCCAGAAAAGGGUGGCCAGAUCUUCAUCGCAGGAGACCCAGGCAACGCCCGGACAGCAUAUCGGGCCGUCGAGAACGUCCAUCGUCCAACUUCGGAUGCAGAACAAUCUGUCGUGGUGCCAUCUGUGGUAGCAUCGUCAGACUUGCUAGGACCCAGCCAACUACCCGACUUCAACCUCCAGGAAGGCAUGCUCCAAAAGUUGGAGCACCGCGACCCUCAGGACAAUGUGCGACACUUCCUUACCCUCCAGGGCGUCGAUCAGCCGUAUGCUAGUGCAACACCUAUCGAAGCACCCCCGACACCUCCUAGGGAGAUGUUCCCUAGUCGGCCACACUUGGUGAUACCACAGCAUCAGCACUACCCACAGGUUUCAGCUUUCUCUGCGUCGACUUCGGCACACACGACAAAGUCCUUCGACCCAUUCAAUGUUUCCACCCCUCUCCUGCAUCCUCCGGAGUUCAUGCCAGCCCCGCAUUAUAACCUCAAAAGUCUUCCCAAACUUACAAUUCCAGUGGCACGCUCCAUGUCUGCCCAGCCUUACGGCAACCCACGCAACGCCAUUCCAGCGAACUCGUACGUUGCACCGGACACUACAUUCUCGCCAUGUAGGACAGCCUCGCCAGGUGGCAUUUACCGAUUUGGUACACCAAUGUCCGAAAUGGACGUACCCGUAACGGCCGUGCCAUUACCCCCUGUGUCUCGUGACACAAGUCAGUCGGUGCCACCCAACAUGCAAUACAAGGUCCAACUCCAAAGGGCUGGAUCCCGUCAAGAACGAAGACGUCCCUCCCUACCCUUGCCGGCGCUUAAUGAAGGCCAGGUGUUCAGCCCAUUGGGUCCUCAAUCGGAUGAUGACACUCUUCAUGGAACACAGUUUUCCGAUGACAGUGCAAAGUCGUCACCUGUCCGAGUUGCCAUGCCUGUAGUUGCCGAGAUGGCAGAGGUCCCGUCUGUGCCACUCAAAGGUGGCUUCUCGUACAACGGCGUGAAUCACCAUGGCUGGAUGAAGAAGCGCCGCACCCGACUUUUGCGUCACGAAUGGGAGGACCACCACUUCCGUCUCCAGGGCACAACGCUAGCCAUGCAUCCCAAUGAGCUGCCCACCUCGUCAGCACUGCACACAAUCGAUGUCGACGAGUAUGCUGUGGCUUGCUCGUCCCUCGCUUCCAACAAGCUUUCCGCUAAGCUGCGUGCUUUGAAGCUCUCUUCGAGCCACCAGAAAGAGAAGGAUAGUAUGGCAGCAUCUGCAUUCGAGUUUCAGCUCGUUCCUGCCGCUCCCACUAAGAGUGAUGUUAAGAGAGUCAUGCCCAACGGCAAGAUACACCACUUCGCUGUCAAAGGCCGCGAUGAGCGCAUCGACUGGAUGCGCGAGCUUAUGCUGGCUAAGGCUUUGAAGGCCAAGAACGAUGGGUACGAAGUGAACGUCAACGGUGCCGACAUGUGA